CAGCGGCACUUUCGGCGCUGCGCCUGUAGCGAAGGCGCCAAGCGGCGCCGGCGGCGGUGGGGAUGGCGCGGCCGGUCAGGAGGAACAAGAAAGUUGUUGAUUAUUCUGAGUUUGGGGAUUUGGAAGAUGAUGAUGAAGACUUUGCACCUUCAAGCAAAAAAUCCCGAACACAGCUCAAGGAAUCAAAGAAGGAGAAAAAAGAGAAGUCAAAAAAGCUAAUAGAAGUGACUCCAUCACAGACACAGACACUUAGUAAGAGGUUAUCCUUGGAUGAGAGACUUUAUAAAAGAGAUGUGGAAGUUGCCUUAGCCUUAUCAGUCAAAGAAAAAUCUGCAGAUCCUCAAGAAGUGCAAAAUUCAGAAGAACAAGGUAAGAAUAUUGAAUCAGAAAAUAGACAGAGGAGACCCCCUUUUUCCAACUGCAGUGUAGACAGUGAACUUUUAGGUCUCAAUCAGGUUAUAGAUGAUGAUGCACCUGAGGGUGAUGGGAGACAAAGGACAGCAGCAACCAAAGGUCCAGCACAUCACAAGUCACUGGUGGUUGACAGUGAUGACAGAGCCCAUGAUCCUGAUUCUGAGCCAGGGUCUGUACCCACUUCACCUAUAGUUUCUCCUUCCUGGAUAAUGGAACACAACUCUGAGCCAAGGCAGAAGGUGAUGUCCAGUCCCUUGGAAGCAGCUGGGAAGCCUCUACAUGCAUCAAGUCCUGUCACAGACAAAAAGCCUAAAUGGACACCACCAGCUCCAUCAGGAAGCAGUAAUGUUUCUGUGAAAUGUGUUCCUGUUAAGCCACCUACUCACUGCCUAAGACUUGGCCUCUCCAGACUGGCAAGAGUCAAACCUCUCCAUCCCAGUGCUACCACAAGUUAAAUGGUCAGUGACAAAGUGCCACACAGAGGAAAAGACUGUGGAAAGGGUUUUGCUGAUAAACAGACAGUGGGCAGCAUCCUGGAAUCAUCCACUUUGGAGGACUCUUAUUAUGGAUGUGUCUGAUGUUAGGAUGAGUUUUUAUUCUGCAAAUUGCUAGGCAUUUUUUAAGUGCUACUGAAUACUAAUGUUGUUUAAUCAAAAUGACAUCUGGCCACCAGCUUUUUGAUGUAUUAUAUUCAGAGAUGUUGGUUUGUCAUAAUUUUAAUUCUUUAAUACCUACAGUCUUGGCAUUAACACAGUCUAGACAGCACUACGGCAGUAUGAUGAUAGGGAAAUGUUUUUUAGAAUGUUGUGUUUUUUGAGAAAAACUAAAAUAAAAUACUUUAUAAUGUCUAACUGUAUUCCUUAAAUGUAUUAAUUUUGAAGGUCACUUUAAAUGUUGGUUGCAGUCUGGCAGAUAUUUUUGCCUGUGUAUGCUCUUACUGGAAGUCAGCAGCAUUAGUGUGAGUGUCCAUCUGAAAUUUCCCUUAUUCUUUGCCUCUCGAUCGUCAUGAAAGUUUGAGACCACCGGGAAAAGGAAAAGAUCCUGUUCUGAAAAUCCAGGUCUGACUGAUCCACCAAGCCAAAUACUGUCUACGGGUGUGUACGACUCGUGGAACACUGCACCCGAGAAAGGGCAGUGUGCUCUCCUUCGCCUGCAUCACUUAGCAACGCUGGCCCUGGAAUUUCUCCACCCUCCUGACUUGGCUGGACUUUCUCUCUGGAAUGACCUUCUCGGUGGUCACCACAAAAGACCCUCCAUUCACCGUACAUCAAUCACUGUGACAGAGAGGGAGAAGGUUCUCCCCUCAAGGACUGAGACAUGCCACCCCUACAUGGAAAAGCCUCCUCUUCUUCCCUAAAAGACUGAAACUGAAAUCCCUAUCAUGGGGUGGGGGAAGGCGUGUAAGGCCCGGUGACCAAAGCAAGCUUGCAAGCGACCACUGGACUGAGAAGACAAUGGUUCUUGCCUGCUGCUGAUGGACUUUCUGUACGACGCCUACUGCUGACGACGCCUUCUGCUGCCGGA